AGCGGCGGCAGAGCCACCGAGCCCCGCGGAGCCGACCCGCCCGACCCGGCCCAGGUGCCGAGUCAGGGGAGGCGCGGCGCCCGGACCCAGCGCUCCCGGAGCGCCCUCCAAGGGCAACUUCCCUGGCCCAGGGAUUGAAUCCAGGUCUCUUGCGUCUCCUGGCAGGUGGAUUCUUUGCACUAGUAUCAUCUGGGAAGCCCUUAUUCUGGACUUCACAAUGACAGCAGUAACAGUGACCGAGACAGUUCCGCAGAGGGGGAAGACGGAAGAUGCUCCUGCCUUGUACGAGUCCCCAUCUGCUCACAUUAUUGAAGAAACCGAAUACGUGAGAAAGAUUCGAACUACUCUGGAAAAGAUCCGAAAUCAAAUAUUUAGAGAUGAAGUAAGACAUAGCAGUACAAAUCACAAACUAGAUGCAAAGCGCUGUGGAAACAUUCAAAAUGGCUCUGACUCUGCAAUGGAUCCCUCUUGUGGCAGUUUGGAUCUGCUCAUGGAAAGGAUAAAAGGGAAAGACCUGCAGCUCUUAGAAAUGAACAAAGAGAAUGAAGUGUUGAAAAUCAAGCUCGAAGCCUCCAGAGAAGCAGGAGCAGCAGCUCUGAGAAAUGUGGCCCAGAGAUUAUUGGAAAACUAUCAAACCCAGUCUGAAGAAGUUAGAAAAAAGCAUGAGGACAGUAGGCACUUCCUCCAGGUUGACAAACUUGAAAAAGAACAGAAAUUGAAACAACAUGUUGAAAAUCUGGAUCAAAUGGCUGAGAAGCUUGAAGAAAAACAUAAUCAGAUCACAGAGUUGGAGAAUCUUAUACAGAGAAUGGAAAAGGAAAAGAGAACACUGCUAGAAAAAAAGCUGUCUUUGGAAAACAAGCUGCUGCAUCUCAAAUCCAGCGCUACAAAUGCUAAAAGUUGCCAGGAUCUUCAAAAGGAGAUUUCCCUCCUCCAGGAGCAGAUCUCACAUCUGCAGUUUGUGAUUCACUCCCAGCAUCAGAACCUGCGCAGUGUCAUCCAGGAGAUAGAGGCCUUAAAAAAUAAUUUAAAAGAACAAGAUAAGAGAAUUGAAGAUCUGCAAGAAAAAGUUAACAUACUGGAAGCCCAGAACAAAGAACUAAAAGCCAAGGUGGCGCUCUGGCCUGAAACUCAUAGGACGAAGGUAUCUAAGGCUGUCUCUACAAGUGAACUGAAGACUGAAGGGACAACCCCAUAUUUGAUGUUGGUUAGACUACGGAAGUGAACUGGCUGGCUGAAGAUCUGAAUGAGAACGAUUACUACUUGGGUCUUAUUUGUUCCUUGAAACAGUCUAAACACAUAUUAAAAGGCUUCAAUGCCAGUGUUCAAUGGAAUUUGUUGUAUUGUAUUCAAAGUAUGCAUCAAUAGCUUUGCAGGAAGAUGUUUCAUAAAAUCAAACAAAUAUAUAUUCAAGGAAAGGAACUCUUUCUUCAAAACUUACUAAACAGAUGAAGAAACUGGAUGCUUUCCCAUGAUGGAAGAUGAAUUUUGCUUACACUGAAAAAAAAAAAAACCUGAAUCUUUUUUAUUUUUAUUGUUUGCAAAUCUUUGUUGAAGGGACUGGUUAAGGUUGUCUACUUUGACCGUUUGAUAGUGGUUUCGUAUACAGUCAUCAUCCCUUGGUAUCCAUGGGGGUUGGUUCCAGAAGCCCUAACAGGUACCAAAACCCAUGUGGCUGUGGAUGGUCAAGUCCUGUAUAUAAAAUGGUGAAGUACAGUUUGCCCUCUGUACCAUAGUUUCCACAUCUGUGGAUUCCAUCAGUCACUGGUGUGGGUCCUACAGGUACAGAGGGCUGACUGUGUAUAAAUAUAAGGAAGACUGCACAGACAUACUUCCUUUUAUUGUGCUUCACAGACACUCCAUAUUUUUUUUUCUUACAAAUUGAAGGUUCGUGGCAACUCUGCAUUGUCAGAUGAUAGCAUUUUUUAACAAUAAAGUGUUUUUAAGUUAAGGUAUGUAUAUAUUUUUUACACAUAAUGCUAUUGCACACUUAACAGGCUAUGGUAUAAUGUAAAUAUAACUUUUACAUGCACUGGGAAAGCAGAAAUUUCACGUGACUCACUUUAUUGUGAUAUUAUUGUGGUGCUCUGAAAUCAAAGCUGCAAGUGUGUGUAGGUGUGCGUGUGUGUGUGAAUAAAUGAUAUAAAGUUGACUUUUGGAUAAUAAGAAUUUUCUUACCAUGAAUUCAUCUCCUAACCCAUGGUUAGUGAGAGAGUUAUUUUCUACUGGAUUAAAGGCAGAAGAAGAAGUAAGUUUUUUUAACGAAUUCCCCUACCUACGCAACCCUCCAAAGCUGAGAAUCCUGACUGCUCACCGCAGUUUAAGAGGUUACUGUUCUUCACUUGGGAUUGAACUUUGGUUACUAGAGGCAACUCACAUAUCAGCACAAAGAAAUGCACUUUGUGAUUCUGCCUUUGUGACUAAUUUUCUUUUAUUUUUGUUAAUAUUAUCUAAGUAAAAUGUUUAAAGGGGUGAAUAGAACAUAGUGCUCUGAGUUCAUACCUCCAUAAAAAGGUAUUUAUUAAUACUAUGGAUUCAAAGGAACAGUGGUUGUUGUCUGCAGUGAGGAAGAAUCUGAAUCCAUAAACUUGGAAUGAUGUGUCUAUUGCUUUUGUGAAAGUGUGUUUCAAUACAUACAUUCAUUACAGGUGGAAUUUGUGGUUAUAUGAGUAAAACCAAAGUCUAACUUAAUGCAAACGCACUGGCACUCAGGAAAGCAGAACACACUUCAGCUAAAGGCAUAAUGAGAGAGCUUCUUCAUCCUCAAAGGGGAAUCACCUGUAGGCUUUUUGAUCCCUCUCUUUGGUGUGUAACUGAGCAUUUUCUCAGGAAAGAUGCUUCAUGCCUUUCAAAGUGGAAUGUGAAACAUCUAAUGUCUUUGUAAGUUCAGCAAAGUACUGUAAUCCUUGCAGUGCUGCCUAACUCUAUGUGUAAGUUUCACAACUUCUUGUUUUGACUGCUUUCUCGUUUUUAAGGUGUAGUUACCUAAUAACAUUUAGGACGCAGUCACCCUGUGUUAUUCGCUACAGUCGUGUCCGACUCUUUGCGACCCCGUGGACUGUAGCCUGUCAGGCUCCUCUGUCCAUGGGAUUCUCCAGGCAAGAAUACUGGAGUGAGUUGCCAAGAUCUCCUCCAGGGGAUCUUUCCAAUUCGGGAUCAAACCUGGGCCUCCUGCAUUGCAAGCAGCUUCUUUACCAUCUGAGCCACCACGGAAGCCCAGUCACCCUAUGCCAGGAACAAUUCUAAGUACUUCACCUAUGUUAAUUGCUUUAAUUCUCCCAACAAGCCUCUGAAAUAGGUCAUUUUAUUGUCCCCAUGAUCAGAGGAGGAUACUGUGAAGGAGCAAGUAAUUUUUCUAACAGCUGACAAUGCAGUGAACAUUUGUACCUUUUCUUUGGCUUCUGAUGCAUCUGCCUGAUCCCUUGCUGUUCUGAUAUUCCCCACCACAGAAAUGUCUCUCUUCUUGCCAUUUAAACAGACACUGCUCUUUUGUUGGUUUUCUUCACCACCCUGUGGGUGACACUAAGAAACUGUCAUGCCCGAUGUCCGAAUCCCCGAGCGGGAAGAGAGAAGGCCUCCAAGACAAUGCAACUCGCAGGAAGGGAAGUUUAUUACUGACUCGAGCCAGGACUCUCCGCCCGCAACCAACGCAAUGGUGUGAGUCAGAGAGCCCCGAGCCCAAGCUGUUACACAAAUUUAUAGGGUGAGAAGUGGAUUGGUUACACGUUUGCAAAGCAGUUUCAUUGGUCAAUACUCUCGCGCGCGCCGGACUUUCCGGGGGGUUUCCGCCCGGUUCCUAAUUUCCUAAUUGGCUACUCCUAAUCUAAGCUGCGUUACUUCUGCUUGCCUCACAGAAACAACACUUAUCAAGUAAAUAUUUUGCUGAGAAGAAUACCUGGUCGUCUACCUUGCGAGUACUUAGUUCUGAAAAACUUCCCUGCUAAAACUGCCUAUUUUAAUUUUAUUAUUCACGCCUUUAUGCCACAUUCAGGAUUUUUGGUCACACAUUUCUUGGCACAUGUGUAGGGAUAUUGGGACCGUGAAUUCUGCAUUAAGCAUCUCCAGAGUGGUAGGAAAUUUCACUCUUCACUUGGAGAUCACUUAGGUUCCUCUUAUACCCCAACCAUUAUGCUGGCUUGCCAUAAAUCUGGGUUGUAAUAAAUGUGAGCUUUUAAAAUGGAUCCAUUUAACUGACCUAACAACCUUGAUGAUUUACAUGAAAAUAAUGUAUUCUAAACUCAAAAAUGGAAAGACAUUGUUGGGUUUUAUUUGAGUUCCACCAUACUCAUUUUUGAACAUGGAACUUUAUUCAAUAAAAUAAAGGUUGGACCUGCUCACAUGAUCUUCAUCUCCACUUUGGAAUGGUAUUUGGAUCUCUUGAGAAUAAGAAUAAACAGCUUCAGAAGCCUAAAAAGAUCUGCUCUUCAAGUACAAAAGUAUUUUUUUUACUAACACAAAUAGAUUAUUUAUUUGUCAUGUGUGGAUUAUUUCCUAUAUCCUCAUCAUUUCAGCUUUACCAUUUGAAUUGUUUCUUUAAACAAACAUUUCUGAGUUACAAAACAAAUCAUUACAAUGGAUAAUGAAAUAUAAUAGUCUAAAAGUAGUGCCACACAGAAAAUACAAAAACAAAAAACCAAACCGUUAGCUAAUUGAUUGUCAAAAUAUUUGUAUUUAUAAUUAUACUAAUCAAUAUAUUGGAUAAGAAGGUCUGAGGUGGGCUUGAAAUAAAUACAUGAAGAUGGGAAAUGAAAGGAAGUUUCAUUUCACUUUGAUUACAUAUAUUGUUAUAAAUUAUCAUUAAGAAGUGUUUAAAAAAUUGGUAUAGUGUAUACCAUUUGAAUAAUU